AUGGGCGCCUUGGUGUGCCACAGCCGUGAACCGAGCGAUCAGAAUCAGACUCUAGCAUCGACUGAACCAGCGGAGCUGUGGGCCAAGCCGCCACCAGCGUCCUCGUCCAGGAGCCAGACCUCGAGCCGAGUUCCUUGGUACCGCAACCGGAGGCCCAGAUCCAGCACAGCAGCAUCUGUGGUCUCACCGACGGGUGACAACUGCCCGUGCUGCUGCGCGGGCGCUGCCGCCAAGCUUCAGCCUGAGCUGUCCACCGAGAAACCCGAGUCGCCGACCUGCGGCUCCAGCAAGCUGCAGUUCUCGAAGACUGCUUGGGAGAGCCAGAAUUGCUUCACCAGCAGCUCCCCGGAGGAGUACACACACGUUAAAGAGUCGCCCUACGAAGACGAGCAGGCAACCGAGCUGCUCGCGGACCCUGAGGACCAGUGCAACCUGUGCAACCUGUUCACCAGCGACGGCAUACUCGCACGCGAGGACUCGAUCAAGGGGCGCGAUGACCGCUGGUCCAAUCUGGACGAAGAAGUUACCUUUAUGGUGGACACGGUGUCUAGCCUCAGCUCGAUCGUCGAGGAGCGGCUCAAGGUCAAGAACAAGACUCGUGAGGACGUCUGGAAAGGAACUUUCGGCAUCUUCGUGCAUCGCACCAAGGAUGGCAUGAAGAAGAUCGUCAUUAGGGACGGCUGGACGUCCUACCACAUUCAAGAGGGCAAAUUCACCUGUAAAUAA